AUGAACUCAAAUAAAAAUAUUGUUAACAAAUUAUAUAGAUAUAAUAGAAAAAAUGAUAACCAUAAGAAGAAAAGAAUUUUGAUAUAUGAAAAUAGCGUUUAUUAUACUCCUGGUGAUUGUGUAUUAUGUAAACAAUUAAGUAGUUUUUCUAUUAAAAAGAGAUGGGAUAAAAAGAAGAAGAAAAUAUUAAAAUUAACUGAAAAAGAAGAAUAUCUUAAACAGUAUAAAUAUUUGGAAAUUGAGAAUAAUGAUAAUACUGAUGAAUGUUAUAAUAAUGAUGAAGAAGAAAAUGAAGUUUCCGAUUUAAUGAUAACAUAUUGUGAUAGGCAUGUAAGCCUUAUAAAUAUUUUAGUUAAUAUAUUUAAGAUAUAUAAAAUUAAAAAAAAAACAUAUUUGAAUGUUAUGUUAAAUAUAGAUUACGUUCUCCUUCAAACUAUAUACAAUAUUAUUUUAUAUUUUGUUUACUUAUAUAUAUAUUACACGAAAUAUAUAUAUUAUAUAUUAAGAACAUAUUUGUUCCUAUUAUUAUAUAAUAGUUUUCAUAUUUUAUUCAAAAAUUAUUAUCAUCCUAAUAUCUCUUUGUAUAAUUAUUUUGGAGACAAUAUAAAAAAGGAUAUUCUACAACAAUGGAAAAUGAAAAAAAAGAAAAAGAAGAAAAAAAGAAAGAAAAAAAAAACUUCUCCUUUCUUAUGUAAUAAAAAUUUAAGUGAAACACACAGUAAUUUUUUUGAUAGAAAAUAUUCAUAUAAAAUUAUAAAGUAUUCAUAUACCAAUAACUUUGAUGAUGACUUUAUUAAAUUUUUAUUAUAUAUAUUUUAUGAAAAUUUUAUAAAUAAAUUUAAUAAAAAUUUUAAUGUACAUCAUCAUGUUUAUAAAAAAAUAUAUUACUAUAAGAUAAAAGAAGGAAUGUUUCCAUUUUUGUAUGUUCAUGUGUACAAAUGUAAUUACAAUUUAUUGUAUAUUUUUAAUAGAUGCAAUUUCAAAUUUAAAGCUUAUAUAUUAUUAAUUUGUAAAGAAAAAAACAGUCAACAAAUAUUUAUAUUCUUUAAUAACAAUUUGUUAAUUAAGGAAGAUUAUGUUAUGAGGGACCUGAUUUAUGUAAUUAAUAAUAUUAGAAAAAAAAUAAAUAAAAUAAAAAUAAUAUAUCGUGAUACGAAAAAAAGAUGUUAUUUUAUAUUUUAUAAAAACAAAUGUGCAUCAUUUCUUAUAGUAAAUCAUAUUUUAAAUUCACAAAUUGAAGUUAUAAAAAAAAAAAGGAAUAAUAUUUAUUAUGAGAAACCAAAAAUUUAUAUAAAAAAUGAGGACUUCAAUUGUAAACAUAAUAAAAUAAUUUAUAAAUAUUACAUAAGUGUCUUAAAUAAUAUCUUAUGUAUAUCAAAAAAAAAUAAUAUUAUUAAAUAUAUUGAUAGUAUAAAUAAAAAUCAUAAAAGACCAAUAAAAAUAUCUAAUUAUAAUAUAGAGAAUGUUUGUAUAAAUCUAUUGUUACCUGACAUUUUCUGUAAAUAUUAUAAAAAAGGAGAUAAAAAAAAGAAAAAAAAGAGAAAAAAGAAAAAUAUUAAAAAAAUAAUAUUUAAAGAGAGAAAAAUGAAUAUUAAGUUAUAUAAUAUAUUAUUAAAACGUGAAAUUCUAACAUAUUUUAAUUUUUUUAAUGUAAUUAAUUGUGAUAGAUGUAUUAUUUAUCAAAAUAAUUUGUAUAAUAAUUUAGUAGGGUUAAUAAAAGGAUCUUAUAUGAAAACAUGUACAAAUGAUGAGACAAAUAGAAAUGAUGAAGAUAUAAAUAAUAAAAAUGGUUAUAAUAAUAAUGAACAUAGUAAAAGUAGUAAUGACAGAAGUAAUAACAAUAAUGGUAAUAAUAAUAACGGAUCAAAAAAUCAAAAUGGUAAUAAUAGUAAUAAUGAUGGAAAUGAUAAGGAUGAUGAUAAAAAAGGAAAUGAUAGAAAAAAUGAGGAUAAAGAGGAUGACAAUAAAAAUGAUGAUGAUAAAAAAGAAAAUAUUGAUGAUGGUAAAAAAGAAAAUAAUGAUGAUAAUAAAAAUGAAGAAGACAACCAUAAAAAUGAUAACAAUAAAAGUGAUAAUAAUAAUAAUAAUAUUGAUGAUGAUAAAAAAAAUGGUGAUGGUUUGAAUCCUUCCUCUGAUACCAAGAAAAGGAAGGAAAAGUAUAAGACCAAGAAUAAAAUGAAAUCAGAUAACACAUUAAAUGAAAAUGUAAAGGAAUUAUCAUUUGAUAAAGAAAUAAAAAGUUAUACAUGCACUAAUAAUGAUUUAUGUUUAGUAAAUAACACAAUAUGUGAAUCAAAUAAAAAGAAAAAAAGUAAUAGAACAGAAAAGAGAAAUUAUAAUAAUGAGAAAAAUGAUAAGAAUUCAUUAAAUAGUGUUAUAGCUGAAAAUGCAUAUAAGAUUAUAAAAAAUGGGAGAUUAUAUAAACCUACUGAACCAGUGAAUAUAUUUCGAUCACAUAAUAAAUUUAUGUUAAAAGAAAUGAUGUGGAUGAGUAUAGAUUAUUAUGAAGAAAAGAGAUGGAAAAAAAAUGUUUCAAAAAAAUUUGGAUACUUAAUGAGUAACCAUUUUGAAGAAAAAAAAAAAAAUGAUAAAUAUUUUAUUUCUUCUCAAAUAUCAAAUGAUAUUAAAAUGUUUUGGUUUUUUAUGUUAAAUGAAAUAAGACCAGAUUUAGUUCCAGUAGAUUUAGAUCAUAAGAUUAAAAAUAAAAAUCACUUAAAGAAAGAUUUUUUGAAUUCUUUUAGAAAAAAUCUACAAAUUGAGGAAUAUAAUCUUGAAAUGGAUGAUAAUAAUCAAUUUGCCUUUAAUCAACAUGAUGGUAUUAUAAAUGAAGAAUCAUCUGUACAAAAUAAGAGUGAGAAAAAUAGUUUCUCUAUUAAUACAACUAUUGAUGAUAAUUGGGGGUUAUUAAAUAAAAUGAAUCAUCAAAAUGGAAAAAAUAACAACAAUAAUGAUGAUAAUACAAAUAGUGAUUAUAAUAAAAAAUGUGAUGAUAAUACAAAUAGUGAUUAUAAUAAAAAAUGUGAUGAUAAUACAAAUAGUGAUUAUAAUAAAAAAUUUGAUGAUAAUACAAAUAGUGAUUAUAAUAAAAAAUGUGAUGAUAAUACAAAUAGUGAUUAUAAUAAAAAAUGUGAUGAUAAUACAAAUAGUGAUUAUAAUAAAAAAUGUGAUGAUAAUAAUUUUUCUUGUGAUGAUAAUAAGAUUAAUAAUAUUUCAAUAGAACAUGCUAAUUGUAUUAAUGGUAGUAAUAAAUAUAAUUUGUUAAACAUUUCCCCAUAUAAAGAAACAAAUGUGAUCGAUAAUAAUACUAAUGAUAUUAGUAGCGUUUAUUGUGAAAAUAAUAUUAAUAUUAAUAAUAAUAAUAAAAAAAACAAUGAAAGGAAUAACAAUAUAAAUGUAUUUAAAAAAAAGAAUAUCAUAGAUUAUGAAAAUUACGAUCAAAUUGUUAUGAAUAUAGAAGAAAAUGUAAAUAAAGAUUUAUUGAAAAAACAUAAAAUAUAUAAAAAGGAUUAUUAUACAGUUGAAAAUGUUCAUAUAAAGCAUAUACCAUAUGAUGAUAAUAAUUUAUAUUAUAAUGAUGAUCUAUAUAAUUAUUAUCAAUCUAAAAAUGAUGAUGGAUAUUUAGAUUUAAGUAAUCAUUUAUAUAUUUAUUGUUUACUUUUUAUAAGUAUUUCUCUUAUUGAAAUGAAUGAACAUAUUAAUUUUUAUAGAAUUGAUAGUAACCUUCCUAAUGAUAUAGAUCACACAUUGUUAGAAGAUGAACCAAAUAAUAAUAACAACAAUAAUAAUAAUAAUGAUAAUCAUAUUUUUGUCAAUUAUAUGAAUGAAUAUAAUAAUGGAGAAUUAUUUUGUAAUAAUACUGUAAGAGACAAUUUAAAAUUUCCACACUACAGUGCAUUUAAAAAAAUAAAAAACGAAUUUGAAGAUUUGAGAGAAAUGAAAAAGAAAAAGAAAAUAGAUAUGUUGAAAAAUUACCAAGAUGAUUUAUUAGGUAAUGUAGAGAACCCAUAUUUAGAUAUCAUAAGAAAAGGUAAUAAUGAAUUUAAGGAUAAUAAAAUUUUUUCGAAUAAUGAAAAUAAUGUAUAUGAUCCAAGUGUAAAAAGAAAUAGUAUUAUGGAUAAAGAUAUAUAUGAAAUUGAAAAAGAUAUUAAUAAUGAUGAAAAUGACAUAUUAAGAGGAAAGCAAGAAAAAAAAAAAAAUUAUGAAGAAAACAAAAUGAUAGAAAGGUAUUAUGAUGAAAUGUUAUUAAAGAAGAAGAGUAUAAACGAAUUAAAAUUAAUAUCAGAAGAAAUGUUAUUAUCCAAAAGAGAAAAUGACAAUGAUAAUGAAUAUAAGAAUAAGAAUAAUAUAGAACAAUAUGAUAAAGAAGAAAAUUAUAAUGGAUAUGAUAAAAUAAAUAAAUAUGUAAAUAAAAAAAUAUCAUCUAUAGAUAAUAAUAAUAAUAAUAUUUUCAAUAUUGAAAAUAAAUUGGAUUCAUUUGUUGUACAUAAAAAUAUGAGCAAUAGUAAUAUUUAUAAUAUUCUUAGUGUACCUUCAUUAAAUAACACAGAUGUAAAAGACCUGGUUGUCAUACCUUAUUCAUAUGAUAAUAAUAAUAAUAUAAAAACAAAGGAAUCGGGUAGUAGUACUAAUAAUAAUAGUAAUAUUAAUAAUAUAAUAUAUGAAAAGAAUAAAAAUGAUUAUAUUAAUGAAAUAAAAAAGAAAAAUGUAAAUGUAUAUUUACAUAAUAUGGAGUUGUAUGGAGGAAUACCAUAUCCCUUUGAAUAUAAAUAUAUUGAUGAUUUUUAUGAUGAUAUUAAUUUACCUUUAAUGAAUUUAACGGAAUAUGAUAAAUACACUUUUUUCUUAUAUUUAUUUUAUAUGAAAAAUUCUUCUUAUAUAUUAAAGAAACAAAUGAAAAAGGAUAAAAGAAAACGUAAGAAAGAAUUCACUGAUGUACUUUUAACAAAAAAAAGAACUCCUAAGAGGAAAAUGACCAAAUUAGAAAACGAAAAGAAAAUAGGACAAAUAGAAGAUGCUGAUAAGGUUUUAAAUGCAGAAAAAGUAGUUGAUGAAGAAAAAGUUAUAAAUGAUCAAAAUAAAUUAUCAAAUGAAAUUAAUAAUAUUAAAGAAGUAAUUGUUCCAGAUACCAAAAUUGAUAGCAAAAGGGAUAUUACAAAUGAUAUUACGAAUAAUAUUACGAAUAAUAUUACAAAUGAUAUUACAAAUAAUAUUACAAAUAAUAUUACAAAUGAUAUUACGAAUAAUAUUACGAAUAAUAUUACGAAUAAUAUUACAAAUGAUAUUACAAAUGAUAUUACAAAUGAUAUUACCAAUAAUAUUACCAAUAAUAUUACAAAUGAUGCUAGAAAUGACGAAAAGGAUGGUGAUAAAAUUAAUGAUAAAGAAAAUGUUAGUAGUAUAUUAAAGACAAGUACAAAGGAUAAGAGUAAAAAUAAAUUGAAAAAUAAAGAUGGCUAUGUUAUUAAAAAAGAACAUUUAGAAGAUUUAGAAGAACGACAACAAAGGAAAAUUAAAAAGAAAGAAAUGGAAACCAUUAAAAAAUGGAAAGAGAAAAAAGAUGAGUGGGAAUUAGAAGAAACAAAUUUCCUUCUUAUAUUAACAAAAACAUAUAUGAAUUAUAUUAACAUAGAUGAAAUAAUUAAAAAGGAAUAUGGCAUAUCAUUAAAUGGAUGCAACUCAUUAGGAGACAUAAAAAAUAGGAAUGAUAUAAAUCAUAUAGAUGAAACAAAUAAUAUAUGUAAUAGUAAUAAUAUUGUGGAUAUAAAAAAUGAGAAUAAUAAUAAAAAGAAAGAACAUGAAGAAAUGAAUAAAGAUAAUUCAAAUUUAGAAAAUAAAAACAUAAACAAUGAUUUUAUAAAAAAAUAUAAAGGACAUGAAUAUAUCAUAUCUUUUAAUAAAUUUGAAAAUAAUAUAAAUAAUAAGUUGAAAAAUUAUACUGAUUUUAUAAACUGGAAUAUUAUAUCCAUAGCCUUAGUAUCAUAUAAUAAAAUAAGUCAUGUAUAUGAAAAGAAAAGAGGACCGAAUGAAUGUAAAGAAAAAUUUUUAUCAUUAAUAAAAAAUGAUAUAUAUAAAAUUACGCAGUUGCAAAAUCUGUAUCAUGAUUAUUAUUUGAAUAAUAUUAAAAAUAAUUAUAAUAAUAGUAUGAAAAGAAAAAAGAAAAAAUGUAUGACCAAAUUAAAGUUCGUGCCAUUAUUUUCAUCAAAUAAUGUGAAUAAAUUAAUAAGUAUGUUCAAUAAAUAUAUGAAUGAAAAAUUAAAGAAAUAUGAAUUAAAAAAAAUGGAUAUGAUGAAUAGUAAUAACAUCGAAACAAUAAAAAUGAAAAAUAUCAAGAAUGAAAAAAGUGAAGAAAAGAAGAAUGAGGAGGAAAUAAAUAUAUUAAAUAAAAAUGAUGAUAAAAUAAAUGAAUAUAAUAAAGAUCAGUCAAACGUUAAAAAUGAAGAUAUCCAUUUAAUAAAAAAAGUAAAAAAAAAAUCUAAUAUUAUAAAAAAAAAGAAAAAAGGUUUUUUCCAUAAUUUGUUUAGUACAUUUUCUGGACAAAAAAGUCUAGAAAGCUCAGAAGAAAAUACAGAUUGUGGUAGGGAUAGUUUUUUUAGUUGUAGUGAUGUCGAAAUAUCUGCAACAAAAUUAGACGAUUCAUGCAUAUCAUUUUGUAAUAAUAAAAAUAAUAAGAAAAAAAGAACAAGAAAAAAUAUGAAACGUGGUGAAGAAGAAAAUGAAAGUGAAAGAAAUAAUGAAAGCGGAAUUGGAACUACAAGAAAAGAGUUAAUAGAUAUUAAUAAUAAAAUUAAUGAUGAGAAUGAUAAUUAUAAUAUUAGUAAGAAAAGAAGUAGUAAUAACAACUAUUACUUUGAUGAUUAUUUUGAUGAACAUUUUGAAGAUUAUUUAGAUGAUUAUUUUGAAGAUGAAUGGGAUGAUUAUGUAGAUGAAAAUUUUGUUUAUAACUCUGAUGAAUUUUUUGAAGAAGAUGUAAAUGAAUAUAAAAAAAUAAAUAAUAUUGAUGAGAAUACAUUUAAUAAUAGUAGUACAGAUAUUAUAAAAAAAAAUGAGAAAAAUAUUAUAGAGCAUAUGAAAGAAUUAAAUAAUACAUAUGAUGAUAAAAAUUCUCACAUAGAAAAAAAAGAGCUUUCCAUUUGUGUAAAUAUAAAAAAUAGUACAAAUGAAAAUAAUAAUAUAUUAAUAAACAAUGAUAUAUUUAAUUUAAAAGAUGAAAUAAAAGAUACAUAUAAUAAGGAUGUUUGUGUAAAUAGAAAAUCGGAAUUAAUAAUAAAUAAUGAAUAUAAAAAUGAUGAAUAUAAAUAUGAUUUCAAUUAUAUUUUAAAAAAUAGAGAUAAGAUAAAAAAAUGGUUGAAUUGUAUAUGUAAGAAUAAAAAGAAUAUAAAAGAAUUUAUGAAUAUAAUAAAUAAUGAUUAUUUUGUUAAAAAUAAAUAUUUCCAUAAACUGAUUGAAAGUGUUGUAAAUAAUGUAACUAAACAAGAAACGUCAUUUGCAUAUUCUAAUAAUAUAAUAAAUACAUUAAAUAAAGAACCAGAUUAUGAAUUAACUUAUAGAGAAAAUAUUAAUGAUACAAAUAUAAAUAAUCCUUUAGAUAAUGAAUUUAUUAAAAUGAUAAGAAAAAUAAUGGAAUAUGAUAAAAAGAGAAAAUUAAAAAGUAUACAGAAAUUAAAAAAUAUAUCCAAUAAUUAUAGUUAUAAUAAAAUUAAUGAAUUUUAUAUAUCCGCACCAAAUGAAUCAUAUAAAACAGUAAAUGAAUUUGUUCAGAAAAUAUUGAAUUAUGUACCUUAUGUAGAUGAUAAGAAAAAAAUUAUUAUAAAAAAAAUUAGGAAAAGAUUUCAAUGUAAGAAUCUUAUAUCACAAAUUUUAUUAGCUGACUAUAUAUUAGAUAAAUUAAAAAAUUUCCCAAUUAAUGAAUCUAUAGAAUCAUCUAAAAAUAAUAAUAAAACACUUGAUAUUUUAUUAUCUGAAACACGAUUAAAAGCUUAUAAUAAAUAUAUUAAUGAACACUUUAAUGAUAAUUAUGAUCCAGUUAAAAUUGAAAAAUCAUUUUUAAAAAUGUUUGCAUGUGAAAAUGAUGAGUUAUAUAAAAAUAAUUUAUUAAAUAGUAAUAAAGAAGUAACAAAUAUAAAUAUUAAGUCUGAAGAAGUCACAUUAAAUAAAUCUAUCCAAGACGAGAAAAAUAAUUUAUUAAAAGAUACUAUUAUUGAAUCAAAUGAGAUAAUACCGUCUAUUGUUGAUAAAGCGGUAGAUAUAAAUAAUGAAAAAAAUGAUAAAACUCUUGACAGUUCAUCACCUGUAGAUAUUAAUAAUAAGGAUUAUAUUGGAUAUAUGCCUGUUAAUAAAAAGGAUUUUGUAUCCAUGCAAAAUAAUUCUAAUCCUUCAGAUAUAAUUGAACAGUGUGUUAAUAAAGUUGAAGUGUAUAAUAAAGAUGUAAACCAGACCAAUGGAUAUAUCAAUACCAAUGAUGAUAAUAAAAUGAAUAAUUGUGUAAAUAAUAAUAUAACUCAUAUUAAUAAUAAUGUGAAUAAUGUGAAUAAUAUGAUUCAUAUAAAUAAUAAUAAUAGUAAUAAUGUGAGUAAUAUAAAUAAUAUGAAUGUAAACCAUUUAAAUAAUAAUAUAAACCAAAUUAAUAAUAAUCAUAAUAAUCAUCAUAAUAAUAAUAUGAGCAGUAUUUAUAUGGCAACUGAUCAAAAUGCACAUUAUAAUAAAAUGAAUGUUAUAGAAAAACAUGAUACAAUAAAUAACAUAAAAGAACGUUCACAAUCACUAUAUCACACAUCUUUUCAUAUGCAAAAUAAUAAUACACCAUUAUAUGAUAAAAUGGAAGGAGAUCAAAUUAAAUUAUCAAAAUAUAAUAAUUUAGAAUUUAAUAAGAAUAAUAUAGAUAUUAGUUCAACUAAUAACAAUGCAACCAAAAUAAAAGAUCAAGUAACGAAAGCAAAUAAUAAAGGAUCAACAAGAGGAAAGAGACAAACAUUAUCAUUAGUUAAACCAUAUAAUGAAAGUGAAAAGGUUCAAGAUUCUUCUGUAAUAAAUCAACCAGUAAAAAAUGUAUCGUCCAAAGAGGAGGAUGUUAUAUUAGGUAAUAAUAGGCAGAAAUCACAACCAAUUAAAAAUAUAGAUAUUACAAAUAAAAUGACAAAAUAUAAAACUUCUGUUAGUUCAUCCAUUUUAUCUUCAGAUAAAUUCAAGAACAACAAUAUUUUAAAUACUGUACAGAAUGAAAAUGUAUAUUUAUGUAGCAAAUUUAACUCCAAUAUGUCAACAUUAAAUAAUAAUAUGAAUAAUAAUAUGAAUAAUAAUAUGAAUAAUAAUGUGAAUAAUAAUAUGAACAAUAAUAUGAAUAAUAAUAUGAAUAAUAAUAUGAACAAUAAUAUGAAUAAUAAUAUGAACAAUAAUAUGAACAAUAAUAUGAACAAUAAUAUGAUCAAUACUAUGAACAAUAAUAUGAACAAUAAUAUGAACAAUAAUAUGAUCAAUACUAUGAACAAUAAUAUGAACAAUAAUAUGCAUGUUAUGGAUCAAGGCUCUUAUUUCACAUCAAAUAUGAUAAAUAGAGAAGGAAAUAAUUUAUCAAAUGAAGAACAAAGAAUGAAUACCAACACUGUAAGUAAUCACUAUAAUUCUAUAGUAUCAAAUGCACAAUUUAUAAAUGAUAGAGGAAAUUACCCAAACAGAAUACAAAAAAUAUUAAGUAAUAAUAAAUAUAGCAUAACUCCUAUGAAAACUAAUAUAACCCAAGAAAAUAUGAAUAAUUGUAUAGUUAAUCAUCAAACACCAAAUAAAAACAUACAAGAAUAUUAUAUUCAAAAUGCAUCACCAAAUAAAUUAAAUAAAAGCAUAUCGAAUGUAGAUAUAAUGAAAUCAAAUACGUCAUCUAUAUUAUAUCCACAAGCACAUAAUUCGGGAUCACCAAAUUUUAAUAAUGUACCUGAAUCACUACAAAAUGUGAAUGUAUUGCAUGCUUCAAAGAAAUAUCAUAUGAACAAUUCUAAUGAUAUUUCCACAAAUAUAAAUAACAACAAUAAUAUUAAUAACAAUAAUAAUAAUAACAAUAAUAAUAAUGUGCAUCAUAACAAUAUGAAUCAGAAUAAUAUGAAUAAUAUUAAUAUGAAUAAUAUCAAUAUGAACAAUAUCAAUAUGAAUAAUAUCAAUAUGAAUAAUAUCAAUAUGAAUAAUACGAAUAAUAAUGUGAAUAAUAUUAAUAUGAAUAAUAUUAACAGUAAUGUAAAUAAUAUUAAUAAUUCUAUGAAUAAUAUUAAUAUUAAUAUUAGUAAUAAUAUUAAUUAUAAUAUUAGUAAUAAUUAUAAUAACAGUGUAAGUAUGUACAAUAUUCCAAAUAAGGAAGAUGAUAAAUUUAUAUCACCUAUACAUUCUUCAAUGCAAAAUAAUAAAUAUAUACCUAUAAAUCGUAAUAAUAGUAGUAUGUCGUAUAAUAAGACACCUAUAUGUGAUAAUGUUGAAUUACCAAUAAAACAAAUGUCUGGAAAUAUUUCAAAUAAUUGUAACGCUUCUAUGCAAUUAGAAGUUUCAUCCAAUAGUUCAUCAAAGAAAUUACAACAUGCCAUAGGUAGUAAUAACAUCAAUACAGAUAAAAAAUCCUUUUUUAUGUAUAUAGAAAAUAAAGCAAGAAAUGGAUCAUCAUCUAUAAAUAAAAUUAAUGAUGAUAUGUUCUCUAUAAAAUCAUCAACACCGAGUAAUUAUCAUCCAUCCUAUACAACACACCCACAGUUUAUAUCAGAAAGUGAAAACAAAUUAAAUUUAUAUCAUGACCAAAUGUUAAAUCAAGAUAUUAUAAUGGAUAAUAAAAAUAUACAAAAUUUUACAUAUGCUCCAUGUUCUAAUAGUCUUAAUAGUAAUUUAAAAAAUACGAAUGCUAUGAAUAAUGAAACGAGAUCGAAUAUCAUUUCAAAUUAUAAACAGGUCAAAUAUUCAAAUAUAAGUGUUAAUAAUACACCUAAUAAUAAUGUAAUGGUGCAAACUCAAAAUAUGGCUAUACAAAAUAAUGCAAAGAAGUCCUUAAACUCUUCUACUACACACCCAAUAGUAAAUAGAACAAGUAUGGAAAAUAUAGACUUUAUAAAAUUAGCUAAUGAUCCAAUAAAUAUUCAUAGAAACAGUAUGCAUAUGGGUAAUAUAAAGAAUGAUAAUAUAGAGGAAAAGAAAAAUGUUUCAUCAAAUAUAAGAAGUAUAGCAGAUAAUUCUCAAUGCUUACAAAAUAUACAUCUUUUAAAUCAACAAAAUGAUAUUCAACAUAUGAAUUUGGAUAACAUAAAUAAUAAUAAUAAUAUGAAGAUGAAGAAAAAGAGUAAAAAUAAAAUUAAUAUAAAUAAUAAUCCGAAUAAUAAUGGACAAAUUGAUAAUGCCUAUUUAAAUGUGUCCCCAACCAUGUCAAAUUCAUUACAACAAACAAAUAUGUAUCAAAGUGAUAUGAAAAAUAGUGUUAUAUAUAAUACUAGUAUACAAGAAAAAGAUCCAAGCCAUAGAAAUUAUAACACACAAGGAAAUAAUAUACAAACUAUGAAUCAAUCAAAUGGUAAUAUAUACAAUGCAAAUGUGCCAAAUAGGAAACAAUCUAAUUUAAAUCAAUAUGUCAAUCCUAUGAAUUUCUUAAUGCAAGUUUUAAAUAAAUGUAAUAGUAAUUCGAAUGGUCAAGAUAAAUCAAGUGCAAGUAAUGUUAAUGUGAAUUAUGCAAAUGGAAAUAAUGCAUCCUUGAACCAGCCUAAUAUAAACAAUGUUAGUAUGAACCAUUCAAAUACAAACAACUUUAGUAUAAAUCAGCCAAAUAUAAACAACGUUAGUAUGAAUCAGCCAAAUAUAAACAACGUUAGUAUGAAUCAGCCAAAUAUAAAUAACGUUAGUAUGAACCAUCCAAGUACAAACCAUUUUAGUAUGAAUCAGCAAAAUACAAACAGUUUUAGUAUGAACAAAUCAAGUACAAACAAUUUCAGUAUGAACCAACCCAAUACAAACAAUUUUAGUAUGAACCAUCCAAGUACAAACAAUUUUAGUAUGAACCAGCCAAAUACAAACAAUUUUAGUAUGAACCAGCCCAAUACAAAUAAUGUUAAUAUGAAUAAUCUUAAUAUGAACCAAUCUAGUAUGAAUCAUACAAAUAUGACAAGCCCAAUAUUUAAUCAAUCAAAUUCUUCUAAACAAAGCGUCAACGAAAAUACUUUUGUACCCCCUGCAUAUCAUACAUCAAAUAUAAUUCAAAAGAAUGGAAGCGCAGUAUAUAAUGAUAAUUUUAAUAAUCCUAAUGUGAUGAAUGUUGGAGGAUUAAAGAAUACUAUGACAAAAAAUAUUAUACAAAGAGUACCUCAAAAAAAAGGAUAUACCACUCAUGAUAUGAACCAACAAGAGAGAUUACAACAAGAAAGGUUACAGCAAAAAUGGGAACAACAAAAAGUUCAUCAAGAUUUAUACCAAAAGUCAUAUGAUAAAGAAAAUGAAACUAUUAAUUCUUCUACCUAUCAAGAGUUAAAGAAUCACUCUUUACAAGAAAAUACAAUUACAAAUGAUUCAAUGAGACAACAAAUAUUCUUAAAAACAAUGCAACCAGAAAACAUUCCAAAAGAGUUGCAAAAAAUGCAUUCUCAUCAAUUACAAACAGAAAAGAUGAAAAACCAGCAAUUAUCUGCACAUUCAUUACAGCAUAUGUAUCCAAAUCAAAUGUCAUCACAGGUACAUUCAUCCGUUCAUGCUCAAAAAAUUAAACAGCAGCUACAACAACAAAUGAAUCAUCAACAAAUAAAUCAACAUCAAAUAAAUCAACAUCAAAUAAAUCAACAACAAAUGAAUCAACAACAAAUGAAUCAACAACAAAUGAAUCAACAACAAAUGAAUCAACAACAAAUGAAUCAACAACAAAUAAAUCAGCAUCAAAUAAAUCAACAAAUAAAUCAACAAAUAAAUCAACAACAAAUGAAUAAAUAUCCAUAUCAAGGACAAGAAAUAAAAAAGCAUAUGGAUCAGCUACAACAAAAUGUAUCAGUAAUGCCACAACAAAAAAUGCAGCCAAUUUAUUCUAUGAAACAAAAUAUGUCAUUUAAUGAAGAAAAUGAAAUAAAAAGAAACACAAGGAAAAUAACUUUACCAAUGAAUCAACAAAUGCCCAAUAUGCAUAAUAUACAACAACAAAUAAAUAAUAAAAUGGAUGAAAGGAUGUCAAUAGAAAAUAUAAAUGAAAAUAAUUUAUAUAAUAUGAUGAAUAGAAAAUUGUCUACCUCUAUAAAUAAAUUUAACAAUCAUGAUCAGUAUUACACAUAUGAUUCAUAUCAACAACAACAAUUACAAGGAAAUAAUAUUAAUGUUAUGGAUAUUAGAAAUGUUGAUAAAAAUGAAAAUAAUAAAUUUCUAUUAAAAAAUAAUCAAUCAAGAGAUAUACAAAACAACUGUACAAAUAUUAUGAUGAAUAGUAAUAUGCCAUCAUCCUAUAUCUCUCCCGGACAAUCUUAUAAACUAAAUUCUAAUCAAAAUAUAAAUCAUACGCAACAAAAAUAA